AUGUCUUCCAACGAAUACGUUCUCAGCUCACAACGAGAGCAAUAUUACCAGCAACAGCAGCAAACAACUGCGCAGGUAGCGAUCAAUCCAGCUUCUAGUCAGGGUUCCAUACAGCAACAAGCAACUGUUUCAACAGCACCGAUGUUUCGUGGUGAAAAAUGCAGUCGACCAGGAGUUACGUGUUCCAGUACCACAAGAAGAUUAGCCGCGAAAACGUGCUCAUCUACAGGUGUUCUGGAUGCAUACGAAGGACUCCGGACGGACAAGACCGCCGCCAGAGUCAUUCCAAACAAGCACUUUGCCGCUUUAGCAGGUUCAAUUUUGGACAUGGAAUGGGGAACGCACGAAGAAAGGCAGAAGGUGCUGGGUAGAUUUGUUGGCGAAAGGUACCACAUUAGAAGAAUGUCAUUUUCCAGAUGA